AGAGAUAUAAAACUGUAUAAAACUUAACCCGUGAAUUGCACUGAUUUUAGAAUUUAUAGCGUGGCGUAUGGUAUGUCUCCUCUUAAUUCGCGGGCAGUAAAGGAGGGUGCACCUUGCAAGCCCUAACAUGGAUUUCAGCUAGCUUCUACAUGCUGCUAUGUAAACAACACUACACAUCUACUACACCAGCGAUUCUUCUGUGGUCAGUCUGUGUGUGAAAUGUAACUCUAACAACCUUGGCUUUAAAGUGUUUUCGUUUGCUUUGUUUACAUUCAGUGAAAAGGUCACUAAGUAUCUGUCAUCAUCUCAAAUUUUUGACUGGUGCUUUCAGUUUGGGUUUCUGGAGAGAGUUCAAGUUUUCAAGUUUUCCAUGUUCAUUAAACACAAUAGUUGUUUACAACCUUAUUGCAGGAGAUCACGCAUUGUCUCAAACCACUGACUUGUCAAGUCAAUGUCUCAAACCCUCAUUAAUUAGGUUCAAAGGCCUGUCUAAAGCUUCUUAGACCUCUUAGAUUUUCUUGUUAUAUGAUAGCCACUCAAUGAACCAGUUAUGGCCCAAGUGUGGCCAGACAUACAGGUAAUCUUUCCUCUAACUGAAGUUGAGCUUAAUCUGAACUUCAGUGAGAAUGUGGAGCUAAGUCUAGUGUACAUUUUGAAGCAAGCAAGGAGGAAGCUUUAUGACAAAAAUGGAACAAUUGGGUCCUGGGCUGAGAUGGCUCAGAUGGUUCUGGACUUCUCUUGGGAGAAGCUGAACACUGGCACUUGGCGUGAUGUGGACAAGGAGUGGAGACGUGUCUACUCCUAUGGAUGUCUCUUCAAAGUCACAGCGCUGUGUUGUGGAGAAGUCAGUCAGAUGAAGGUUGACGAGGCCAUCAAAACCUGUGACAUGGGACUGCUGAUGGGAGCUUCUAUCCUGGAUGAUGUCCUGCAAAGGCUUGUACGGGUGUUGCAGAACAAAGCAACGGCAUGGAGAAGCAAACACUCGGAGCCUGGUAUAGAGCCAGAAAGAAAGAAAUUCAAGAAAGAAUGUGAUCCUGCACCUACAAUCGAUCCAGCCAAAGCAGUGCCUAGGAUUCACUGUCCAUCUCUGGAGCACUUUAGGACAGAGUUUCUGGACACUCUCAGGCCUGUUGUCUUGGAGGGGGUUGUUGACCACUGGCCUGCCUUCAAGGAGCGCCCAUGGAGCGUUGAUUAUUUGCGAGCGGUUGCUGGAUGUCGAACGGUACCAGUGGAGGUAGGCUCCAGAUACACAGAUGAGGCCUGGUCACAGACUCUAAUCACUGUCAGUGAAUUCAUCGACCGCUACAUUCUCAGAGAGGGCAACACAGGGAAAGGAUACCUUGCACAGCAUCAGCUCUUUGAUCAGAUCCCGGAGCUGAAAGACGACAUCCGUAUCCCUGACUACUGUUGCCUGGGUGAGGGGGAGGAGGAUGACAUCACUAUCAACGCCUGGUUUGGACCCGGAGGCACUGUCUCCCCUCUGCACCAGGAUCCGCAGCAGAACUUCCUGGCCCAGGUGGUGGGCAGGAAGUACAUUCGUCUGUAUUCUACUGAGGAGACGGAGCGGCUCUAUCCCCACCAGUCCCAGAUGCUGCAUAACACCAGCCAGGUGGACGUGGAGAACCCUGACCUGGCCCUCUUCCCUGACUUCCUGAAGGCCUCCUACCAGGAGUGCGUCCUCCAGCCUGGGGACGUGCUCUUCAUUCCCCUCCAGCACUGGCACUACGUACGCUCCCUGGAGCUCAGCUUCUCCGUCAGCUUCUGGUGGUCAUGACAGGUGGCACAUGACACCCGUGGACACUUGGGGCACAUGGGGGACACAUAUGUAGGGAUCCACAUCAUGUGCAUUAGCAGCAGUUUGGGUGCUGCUGCGCCACAAAUGGGGAAAAAUCUGAGAGACACUGAGACUCAAGACUGAUGUCGUCUAGAAAGCUGUACUGAGAAAAUUGCUAUUUUUGUAAUAUUUAUAAUGGGCAAUAAAAAACAUUUCAU